UGAGUGCGUGAACGCGGCGCGCGGGGCGACUUGCGCGCUGCGCCGCGCCCGGUGGAGCAUGAAGUGGGUGCACCUGCACCUGCGUCCGCGUCGACGUCUUGCGCGGGCGCUACUGGUUUCCAAACUGGCUUCCAGCGCUCCUGUCUUUCUCGUCUUUGUCCGCGGGACCAGGCGAUGGGGCGACAACUGACUGCUGCUGGUUUUUGAUGACUCACGGAUCUAGUGAUUAGCGUCAACUCAAGCUAAUCGGAUAGGAACUUUGGACACCGCUAUCAAAUUUCGACAAAUCAACAUCCAGUAUCCCAACAGCAGUCACCGCAGAGGGAGAGAGAGCACGCUGGAAGAGUUCGAGCGGAAUCGCUAGUUUGAGAAGAACAUAUCUGGUGAAAGUUUACAAAAAUGGAAUAUCUUGUUGAUCCACCACAGGGUCCUCUUGACCAGUAUCGGAAGCAAGCAACAUUUGAUUGGAAGAAAAUGAAAUUAGUUAUUGAAGGAGAAAAUAUCGUGAGGCACAAGUUCAAAAUAUGGAAGACCUUGGAAUCUGAUCCACUGUUUGAACAUUUACCUGAAACUCCACCACUUGAUGAAGUAAGACGAUUGACUACACUUCGUGCUCAGAGAGUCUAUGAUUAUAAUUUCACAGAUCGAAGUAAUGGAGAGCCAAGUACUGAAGAGACUCUUGCAGAAAAUGAAGCUUUAUUUAUGUAUGAUCCUAGCUUGUUAUUGAAAUUUACGGUGCCUUUGGGAUUUUUCCCACUAAGCAUUCAAGGACUUGGAAGUCAGGAACAACAAUUGAUUUACCAAAAGGCUAUGUCUCAGGAUGUAUGUGGAUGUUUUGCAUUAACUGAAGUGUCUCAUGGAACAAAUGCAAAACAAAUGCGAACUACAGCAACAUUUGAUCCCCAAACUCAGGAAUUUAUCUUAAAUACCCCUGAUUUUGAAGCUGCUAAAUGUUGGAUUGGAGGAUUAGGAAUUUCUCUAUCAACUUUGUCUGGGGGUCGUUCACAAGUCAUCAAUAUCAGUCAUGCAGCUUUACUUAAAGCUGUGUGUAUUGCUGUACGUUAUUCUGCUGUACGAAAACAGUUUGGGCCAACUGAGGAAGAGCUGCCUGUAAUAGAGUAUCAAGUUCAGCAAUGGCGGUUGUUCCCUUACUUAGCAGCUGCAUUUGUCAUGAAGAUAUUUUCUAAAUAUGUGUAUGAAUGGUUAGUAGAAAUGGUGUUCAUGUUAGCUUCAGGAGGCAAUCAACUGCAAGUAAUUGACUUCAGUGCUGAAAUGCAUGCUUUAUUGUCUUCGGGAAAACCUUUGGCAAGUUGGUUGGCUCAACGUGGUAUACAAGAAUGUCGGGAAGCUUGUGGAGGACAUGGAUAUUUAAAAUGUUCUGGCUUUGGUAAUCUGAGGAAUGACAAUGAUGCAAAUUGUACCUAUGAAGGAGAUAAUAAUGUCUUAAUUCAACAAGCAAGCAAUUGGUUAUUGCAAGUAUGGGAGAAGCAUAGAAAAAAUGUUAAAGUUAACUCACCCCUAGGAUCGCUUAGUUUUCUGGAUAUUGAUGAAAAGAGUAUAAAUGCAAUUGCACAGAAUUACAAGGAACUGAUUGAACCCCAAGGAAUUUUGGCCAUCUACAAGGCAUUAGUGAAGUGCCUACUGAAAAGUACUCACGAGGUUGUUGAAACACAGAAACAGAAAGGAAAAGACACUUUCACUGCCAAAAAUGAUUCACAAGUGUUUUAUGCAAGAGAUCUUUCUAUUGCAUAUAUUGAGCUUGCUGUUAUUCAAUUGUUCUUAAAAUUCCUCAAUGAAAUUGAAGACACAAAUAUUCGUCUAAUUUUAAGAAAAUUGUGCUCCCUUUAUGGGCUAUGGAGUUUGCAGAAUCACCUUGGAAUAUUAUACGAAGCAAGAAUAAUAGAAGGAAAUAUUACAUCCAAACUUUUAAAGCAGGGUGUAUUGCAGCUCUGUGAAGAACUAAAACCAGAAGCAAUAACUUUGGUUGAUGUAUUGGCUCCACCUGACUUUAUUCUAAACUCAGUUUUGGGAAUGUCAGAUGGUCAGGUGUAUAAACACCUCCAGUCCCAUAUGCUUCAAACACCUGGUGUAAUGGAACGACCCAAGUGGUGGAAAGAAAUGGUAAAGACAUAUCGCUCUAAAUUAUAAUAUUCUUAUGGAAUAAGUAUUAAUUUGUGAGAGAUGAUAUAAUUGUACAAUUUAUAUGUGGUAGAUCACACCUGUAUUUGUAUCAAAAGCUUACUUAACCUGUGCUUUCAACUAUCCAAAGCCUGUGGUUCUAACAUCUGAAUCUCAGAGUUACAGCACUAAAUUUGGAAAGAAUUCAUCAACAACCCUAGACCCCGUGAUGUUUUUAAAUGAAUAUUGCGGUGUUUGAUCAUACAUUGAUCUCUCUCAAUCCUUCUACAAAUAUUCAAGGAAAUAGAGAGUUGAAUUGAGUAGAUUUUGCAACUCAAAAAAGUGAGGGUGAACUAGCCAAAUAAUACAUGAACACUCCUUGUGAAUACUUUAGUCUGUUGUGUGGCUCUUCUGAAAGUUGUAAAUGUUUGGGCUUUCUAAUAAGCUAAAUGUUAAAAUGUAGGUAUGCUGCCAGCAAGUGAUGUAGUUUGACAGAUCCAGUAUUAAAAUCUGUAAAUUUUUGUUAUGGGUUUAUGCUAAUUUUAAGGGACAAGGUGACUUGGUGCUAUAUAAAAAAUCUUAAAUAACAAAUUAAAAUGUAUAUAUUUUUCAACAAUUUAUAUUUUUUUACAAUAUACAAAAUAAUUAUUUAAAAUCACGGUUCCAGUAACAUGUUCAUCCACAAUUAACAGAAAAAUAUUUUAAAAUAUUUUUAUAUAAAAAUAUAUGUAUUGAAAUAUAUUUUCUUAUUUCAAAAAUAAAAUGUAGUAUUCUUGUAUUAGUACCAUCCCAGCAAAGUAUCCUACAGAAUUUAAUACUGCUGUAAAUAAAAUUUAAAUCAAUUUCAUCUACAGUUUUGAAGAUGGAGUGGCUGCAACUUCUUUCCACCAGCUUGGCCUUUCAAAGGUUUCUGGUGUUUGGUACAAAAAUGACUGUAAAUUUUCAUACACUUUCCCAUCCGACCUUCCUAAUACAGAAUUGAGAAUGAAGUCUGGAGGAGCUAAAACAUCAGCCAAAGAAACUGCAUCAUUCUUAAUUUUCUGGCACAACUCCACAAUUCCUUCUCGUAUAUACCGGGCAGCAUUAGGCCCAGAUGCAAAUCCACCUACAACCAAAACAAAAUAAUGUACAUAAAUGUUUUAUAUUAGUAAAAUGUCAGACCAAAUUAAACACCUCAAGUUAUGACUUUAUAUAAAGCUAGUGAAACAUCUACAACCAGCUGAACCUAUGCGAAUGAAAGACAUGAAUUUUGGAAAUUACAUUCCUGUCAUUCAGUGGAGCUGCAACAGUGUUCGGUCUCCAGCCACCACAAAAAAUAUUUAUACUACAUGUUGUAAAGGUUUGAAAUCACAUUAAAUUUGACAAAAAUAUCUGUAAUGACAAAAAGUUGGUAGCUCUAAGUUAUUUCUCAUAUGUUAUUUUAUAGUUUUUCAAUUUCAGUAACAAGAACAGGCAUAACCAUCUUUUUCAGUUGUGAUUUAUAAAAAAUUGGAGAUCAAGUUACCUUGAUAUAAAAUUGCCAAAUGUUUUUCCAAACUCCAAGUUCCAUAUAAGGAGCACAGUGUUUUAAGGAUAGAAUGUUGUUGCUCAUCUUUAUUAGACUGAAUAGAUGUCCAAAAAAGAGAUAAAAUAAAAUGCUCAAUAAAGGCAAUCGAAAGCGUUUUUGCAAAGAAUACUUGAGCAUUAUUUUUAGCAGUAAAUGCAUCUUUACCCAACUUGAUUUGUUGCUCAAUUCGCUUUUCAGUUUCUUCAAGUAACCAGCAUAUCAGCCAUUUAUAUGCCGCAAUAAUUGUGUCUGGAUGAGUUGCUACAUCUAAGGAGGGGAUAAUAAGCUUAGAUGAAAAUAUAGAGUCUGAGUUCGAUAGAAAAUCUGCUGAUCCAAGAGGAGUCUUGAUUGUUGAACCUUUCUUUUUCUGGGACCAAAGUUGAAGAAGCCAGUUACUUGUCUGUUGCAAAAGCACAUUAUUUUCUCCUUCGUAUGUGCAAUUAGCAUCAUUAUCGUUUCGUAGGUCACCUAAAUUACUAGCUUUUAAAUAUCCAUGUCCUCCACAAGCUUCUCGACACUCUUGAAUGGCAUCUCG